AUGGUGAACCACCUCUUGUCAGCCAAGAUUGUAGGGCUCUUUUGCAUCUGCGUCUGCAAGGCAACCAGCAGGUCAUGCUUGUGUCAAACCGACGACCGAGGAAGAAAUGCGAUUCCUGGCAUUGGAGUAUUCGCAGUGCCCCUUACAAAUUACAACAACCUACAGUACUACUGCGACCUGAACAUUGGGUCUCCGUGGCAAUCCUUUAAAGCAGCGCUUGAUACGGCUGGUGCCAGCUGGGUGCUCUCCACAAACUGCAAAGCGGAUCUGGAACUGUGCCGUGAUCGCGACAAGUACGACCCGCGCGGCUCCUUCACUCACGUUGACGGCGUGGACAUCGCUUCGGCGCCCUUCGGGAACGGCACAGUUCUCGGGACGGCGUCAUGGGAUCGACAGCAAGUGGCCGGCGUCAUUGUGCCACGAAUGCCGUUCCUGCGCAUCGGUGACUUUGACGGCAAGAAGGACAUCUUCUGGGGCACUCCAUCCAACGCCGUUCUUGGACUGGAACAGGGCUCCCGCUCCUUCUUCGGCACCCUGGUGCGCGAGCGGCUCAUCGCGGAGCCACGGCUUGGCUUGUACUUCAGUCGUGACGACACGGAUAACGGAGAGGCACUGUUCGGUGGUAGCAACAACAUGCGGUACGAGGAGCCGCUGACAUUCUUACCCGCCCUCGGUUCAUACUGGAAUUUUCAGCUAGAUGGAGUUAUUGUAGGAAGCAUUAACCCCGGUUUUGGGGUAAUCCACGUCAUCGACGUUGCGGACUACGUGGACGUGUGGAUGCUUAUAGCAGCAGCGAAAGCAAGGAUUGGAAACUAUCCCUGCUACAAGGACGUGGGAUGCUUCACGCCGAAGACCAGAAUGAGCCUCGAGAUUGCUGUGCCCGACUCUCCAGAAGAAGUAGGGGCUGAAAUAACCUUCUUCACAGACGGCGGCGGCGGAGGGGUGCACGCUGGAUGCAACGUACUGAUUGUGGACUGGCGCAAGGGAGCAGAAUUCCCUUUCUACUUCAGGGCCUCUAGGAACACGCCUGCGCCAGGUGCUCAGCUUUCGCUUCUUAUUCGACAGAUGAUUCAGUCGUCUAAGAACGCGCUGUCCGCGAAGAGUGUCCAUGUCGUGGGAUUCAGCUUGGGUGCUCAAGUCGCUGGCUUCUGCGGUCGGCACUUUUAUAUAGCCACCAAGAAAAAGCUUGGGCGGAUCACAGGUUUAGAUCCCGCAGGACCUAUGUUCGGGAACAGCAAGGGGUGCCUUUCAGGAGAUGAUGCGGACUUCGUAGAUGUAAUACACGUGAAUGCGGGUAAUCUUCAAGACUUUCGAUAUGGAGUGGACAAGUCCGUCGGUCAGGUAGACUUUUACCCGAAUGGGGGCUCAGACCAACCUGGUUGUCCUACAGCUAUUCAACCGUUCGACGUGGGUGCAUCCACGUCGAGUGGCACAUCUCCAUCCCGAAGACUGACGCCAAACAUCAUGACUGAACCCUUGUGGUAG